AUGGCUCCUGUGACGAGAUCGCAAGUGAGGAAGAUACUCAAACAGCGGACUGGAAGAACUAUCGCAAAAGAUGGGACUGAUGUUCUGAUUUCCUUAGACUAUAACCUCUUUCUGGAGGAGCUGGUGUUUGAGUCCUCGAAGCUUGCUAAGAAGGAGGGCUCUAGAGAAAUAUUACCGAGCCAUCUUCUGAGAGUUAAGGAGAAAGUGUUGAAGAAGUACAGGGGGUGA